AUGCAAUAAUUUUAAUUGACAAUAAAGGACUUUGAUAUUGAUUAUGAUUCUCGAAUAGGAAAAGGUCAAUAUGGUGAAGUAUUUUCAUGCAAGUGUAAGAAAAUACCUAAUCUUGAAUUAUGUGCAAAAGUAAUUUAUUCAUAUUAAAUUUUUAGAUAUUAUAGCAUAACCCAAAUCUAAAGGAAUACUAGGAGAGUGAAAUUCAAAUUUCAGAAAUUGUUUCAUAAAAUAAAGAUAAUCCAAAUUUAGUGAAAAUCUACUUAGCUAAAAAGGAGGGUGAUUAAUUAAUUAUAAUUAUGGAAAAAUGUGAAUCAAAUUUACAAAAACUUUGGGAAUAGAAAAAAUAAUUUAGUGAUUACGAAAUAGAAGAAUUUUUAGUUCAAUUUUUGAAUGGUUAUGAAAUACUAUACAGGAAUAAAAUUAUCCAUAGAGAUAUCAAACCUGAAAAUAUAUUAAUUAAAUAUGAAAAUGGAAAACCUAUCUAUAAAUUGGCUGAUUUUGGAAUUGGAAAAACAUAUAAAUCUAACGAUUAUGUUAUCUAAAGAGUUGGAACUCCAGCUUAUGCUGCUCCAGAAACAAAUUAAUUAUUAAAUGAUGAAGAACUUUAAACUCGAUUUCUCAAUUUUAAAAAAGUGGAAAAUGCAAAAAGUUCUAUUGAUAUAUUUCCUGUAAUAUUUACAAAUAAUUAUUUAGGUUGGAGUAAUUUUAUAUCAGAUGGUAUUUGGUAGUUUUCCUUAUAAUAAUAAAGGUUAACUUACUCAAGAUCAUAUUAAAAAGUUUUUUUAAUCAAUCAAAAAUAAUCCAAUAAUAUUACCAGAAAGUUAAUCAUAAAUUAGUGGAAUUAUUUAAUAGAUAUUGGUCUAUUAUCCUGAAAAUAGAAUGACAUUUUAAUAUUUAUAUCAAAUAUUUGAACAAUUAAACCAGAGAGUUAGAGUUUAGGAUCCUUUUUAAUAAAUUUAACAAACCCCUAAUUUCAAAUAACCCUCUAAUUUUGUAGCUCAAAAAUAAUUCAAUUCAUCAUCAUUUCCUCAAUAAACUUAAUUUUAACAACAAAAAUUUAUUACUCCUUAACCAAAACCCUUACCCAAUUAAUUUGUAACACCAUCAAUUCAAAUUUAAAUAAAUCCUUUUUAAACAAUAAAAUAACAUAUUUAAUAUAUUUUGUAAUUAUUAGAAUAAUUAUUUUAGGAAUGAUUAUUCUGGUCUUUUAAAUGAUACAAUUUCAAACACAUUAUCUUAAUUUUACAAUUUUAAUGGUGCAUAAUUUUCAUCGAAAGACCUUGUAGGAUUAUUUAAAUUCUUUAAAUUUUAGAUUGACAAGCUUAAUUCUUAUGAAAGUAAAACACUAACUUUUAUUUAUUCCAUUUUAAUAUCAAUUUAAAAUCCUAAUUAAAAUUAAGUUGUGAUUACAGAUGAUCAAACAACAAGAGAGACUAUCAGAACGAUUUGGAAGUAUUUUAUCGAUAAUAAACUAUUAUGA